GACGGCAUAACAGCACGCCCAGCAAGAAGAGGGAUAGCAGCAACGAUGGCGGACCGCCGCGACGAGAAGCCCGCGGACUUUUUGCUGCCGGAGACGGUCAAGAGCUGGUUCUCGCACAUGUACACGCACCUGAUCUCGGGCAACGUGGCGGAGAUGGCGCGCCUGUACGACCGUGAGUUCCACAACCUGACCAACAAUUACUUUAAGCAGGCCUCGUGGCCUGAGCCUAGCGCUGUGGAGUCGCUUGUGGACGAGGACCCGACAUUCCUGCUGCUGUACAAACAGAUUUACUUCCGCCACCUCUUCUCUCGUCUUCAGCCGGGUAUGGACAUGAAGGUGGCGUCCUGGGAGACGUAUGUAGCCAUUUUUGACGGCGUGUUGGACGGAUCGCUCGAGCUCGAAGCGCUCCCCUCGCAGUGGGUCUUUGACAUUGUUGGCGAAUUUGUCUACCAGUACCAGUCGUACUGCCAGUUCCGAGCCAAGGUGGCUACUAAGGGCGAGCAGGAGAUCGCGUCGUACAGUGAAAACCUCUUUAUCUGGGACACCAGCAAGGUGCUCGGCUAUCUGCACGCGCUGGUGCGUCACUCAAAGAUCGUGGAAAUCCUCAAGGAGGAAGAAGGCGUUCGGGUCCCGUCCGAGGUCGUCAAGGAGCUCGGAUACUUCAGUCUCAUCACGUUGGCGCGUGCUCACGUGCUGUUCGGAGACUACUACACGUCGCUUAAGUUGCUGGAGCCCAUUGAUCUCUUCAACAAGAGCUCGCGUGGUGAGGCCAAGACGACGGCUCAGAUCCACGAGAAGUCCCCCGGCUGCCACGUCUCCGUGUUCUACCACAUGGGCUUCGCUCAGCUCAUGCUCGAGGACUUUGCCGCUGCGAUCCGCUCCUUCUCUACCAUUAUUCUGCAGGUGAACCGUAACCGUAACUACUACUCGCGCUUCGCCGAUUACGAGCAGCUGCACAAGCUGACGGAGAAGGCGAUGGCUCUGCUUGCCAUCGCGCUCUUCUUGUGCCCCGGCCAGCGUGUGAACGACCAGAUCCACUCGCUCAUCCGCGAGAAAUACGGCGACAAGCAGAGCAAGCUGCAGAAGGGCGACAUCUCGGCUCUGACGGAGCUGUUCGGCUUCUCUUGCCCCAAGUUCAUUCUGCCCGCCGUGGCGGUGGAGGGCGAAGGCCCCGUAAACCGCAGCGCCGAGGCGUCGCAGCGACAGCAGAAGGCCUUUAACGACAUGGUCACCCGUCAGCAGCACAUCCCGGCCGUGCGCUCGUACAUUAAGCUGUACCGCUCGAUCGAUCUGGAGAAGCUCGCUGCCUUCCGCGGCGUGGACGUGGAGCUGGCUCGUGCUGAGCUCAUGGCUCUGAAGGUCAGCGGCUCGCGUCUCAAGUCGGACGUGCACUUCUUCCUGAACAACAACUUGGUCCUUAUCGAUGAAGAGACGAGCAACCAGCGCACGGGCGAGUUCUUUAUCAACCACAUUCACAAAUUCGCGCGCAUUGUGGACGAGUGCGUCGUCAGUCAGUAA